AUGACGAAACAAAUUCACCCCCAGCUGCUACACAAUUUGGUGCUCCUCCUUAGGGAGAAGAGCCCAGAGGACAGCACGUACGACCCUAGUGUAGACGAACGGAGUGGGUUCCCAACAAGAAACAGCUCCGUCAGCGAUGUUCUUGCUAGCCACGGGGAGGACCACACUACGGGUAAAAAUGGCGAGGAGGAAACUCCCAUCAUCUUUCUCCUCACCCAGAUGGGGAAAGAACUACUCAUACACGAUGACUUAAAUGUUCAAAAAAAGAAAUUCGUUUCGGAGAGCCACUUGGUUAUACAGCGCGACGGCAACUGCGUAACCGUCAGCAGCAAAAAUGGGUUGCUCUACGCUGUGGUUUGGCUUUGCGGGGGAAAGAAGCGAGAGGGAGAGGAGAGGACUACCGCUGAGGAGAAGGUUACGGAGAGGGAACCCCCCACCGAACGCAACAAACACAAUCGUGUACUCUCCACCAUCAAACGAACCUCAAACAAAUUUGAAGCAAACCUAAAUUACUACGUCAGCUACGCAAAGGGGACGUUUCAGCUGAGGAGGAUUCAUCUGCUGGAGUGCAGCCAGAUGGUGUGGGACUUUCAGUUCUGUAAGGGGGACCUACGGAGGAGGAUAAGAUACGCGCACUGGUCAAAGUGCCUCUGCUUUGUGUUGUCUCCUCGGCUGCUCGUUCGGGAGCACGCGCUGUUCCUGUCUGGGUUGAAGACGCCCUUCCUUCGUAAAAUCCGGGCCAUCCUUUCUCUCCUGAAGGAGGAAAACUCCAACCUACGAAGUCCCUACCACUUGGAAGACUACACAAAAAUCUUCCUACACAACUGUGACCAGUUAAACAGAAAAUCGUUCCUCUCCUUUUUAAAACAAAUGGACCACCUGCACGUGCAUGCAGUAAAUUUGAACACCCUCUUUGGUUUGUACUUUAGCGAAACGGAGGAGAACAUCCUAAAGGUUUUCCGAAAAUGCGAGCGGGUUUCGAAGCGCACCAGCCGAAGCGUCUGCCUGGUCCUCGACGGGAUUGACGUGCUGGCGCGGCAAAGCGGUAAAAGCGGCAAAAGCGGCAAAAGCGGCAAAAGCGGCAAAAGCGGCAAAAGCGGCAAAAGCGGCCAGAACUGCGGGGAAGGCCUCGAUGACGGCUGCGAAGACCUCCGCGAUGACAGCCCAGGGGGAGAAGCCAACGACAACGGGCGGCUGCUCACCACGCUGCUGCUGUGCCUCGACAGCAUAGAUAGCUACUCCACGGGGAGGAGGCGGCCUCGGCGGAGAGCGGCCGCUCAACGUGAGCACGACGAAGGCAACACAGGAGAUAACCUAUGCAAGGGGGGAAACCCUGCGAGAGGGGGGCAAAAAAAGAAACACUCCCCCGAGGAAGACCUGGAAGAAGAAGAAGAAGAAGAAGAAGAGUCAGAUCACACGGGGAGCCCUUCAACGGAUGAGGGUGCCAAAAAAAAGUUGAAGAGAAAAAAAUUAGCAACACAUGUAACGUUUGACAUUAAGCAGUUGGCAAAGAUCUACAAAGAAAAGCACACUCAGAUGACGCGAAGGAAAAAAAAAAAAUACAUCAGCAUCGUCGUUUUGAGCGAUUUGGAUUUGAAACACUUUGACGCUUCUCUCACGAGGGCGGGCCGAUUUUUUCACUUCAUAAAAUGUGAGUAG